AUGGAGAUCUCGUUUAUUACGUCUUUGGAAGUAGUUAUUGUUGCCAAAGUUGAGAGUCCGUUCCAGCAUGUCAUGUCUCGUCGUUCGCGAGUGUUUGGGCCUCCGGGAACGGGUGUGGGUGUAAAGCCGUUUGCUACUUCGCCUUUGAAAUCGUCGCCUUUGGCAACUCCACCAGUCAGUGCUGAUGGCAGCGGCUCUGGCUCUAACAGUAGGGAGGACAGCCAGAAUUUGCAUUUGUCAGGAGUCAAGUCUCCCCUGGUGGGUUCGUUACUAUCCAGUCCAAAACGUGUGGACUCGCCUCCCAGCAGUAGUGAACUGUCACUUUCCGAAUCAGUCAGCUCCAGUAUCACUUCAGAUGAUACUACUAUCGUACCGGAGCCGGCUUUUGAUAAGCACGCCAGAGCCAGUGGAGGAUCCAGCUUGCCAGUGUCGGUUCCUGGAUCAGCUCCUGCUUUGAAUGAUGUUAAUGGUUUUAGAGAUGGACCAAGUGGUGAGCUAGGUUUUGAGUCUGUUAUCAACUCGGGAUACGGUUUGAGUGGUGCUGAUGCUGGUGCUGGUUCUGGUAGUGGUAGCAGCCAUGGACACAGUGGCUCUUCGAAUAUGGAUAUAGGAGACCAGUUGCAUGAUAUUUCCAGUCUGGCUGCUUCAGGAUCUGGGUUUUCUGGGUUGGAUGGAGAUGGUAUUAAAGAAUUGGUGGUUCCAUCGUCGUUUGAUUUGGCAACGUCGUCAGAUGAUGUACCGAGUCUGAUAGUGACAGAUUCAGGAGUUGGUUCGGAAGUUGGUUCGGGAACUGGUUCAGCAGUCCCGGAUCUGAUGUGCCCGAUUUGUGGUGAUUCAAUGGUGUCACUGCUUCAGCUGAACAGACAUUUGGAUGAUGCCCACUCCGAGACAGUGACUCCGACCGAGAACGAGCAACUCAAAGGUUGGUUCAGAAAAAAGGUCGAACAGGCUAAACAGAUCCAGCAGUUGCAAACUGUCACUUCAGUGUUUAGCCAGUCGCUGAAUUUGAAUUUGUUUGAUGACAGUGGAAGCGACAGAUCGGUAGUAGUAGGUUCUGGUACCAGUUCUGGCGCUGGAGUUGGAGCUGGGACGGGAUCUGGCGGAAAUGCAAGUGGUAGUUCGACUCCGAGACGAAAUGUUCAAGAUAAAUCCGAAGCAGUGACUCGAAAACACUGGAAAAAUCAUGGCACUGGUCCUGCUGGUCGAGACAAAUGCUCGUACCCGACCUGUGACAAACUCCUUGUGUCUCGAAAUGGUGCUAUUCAUUGUCGACAAUGUGGCCAGUUGUUCUGUCGAGAACACAGCAUGUACCAGAUGAAACUGGCUCCUCAAACUGCCCGACACGAUCCAACCAGCGGAUCCAGUGUCUGGUGUCGAGUAUGUCAGACUUGUUAUGAGUCGCGUCCAGGAUAUAACGAUCAUUCGGGCACCGUUCAUGACCUGUCGGCAUAUUUUCUACAAGUUCGACAGAAACAAGUUGAUAUUAACGAAUUAGAAGUGAACCGGCUUGAAAAACGGUUGAUAAGACUAAUACGAGCUCUGGCUGAUCUCGGUGAGGGCUUGUUUACAUACACGACCAGCAUACGCAGGAAAUCGAUAGAACAUCACGUAGCUGUAUGGCAGAAUGAUAAGGAUGUACACAAUUGUCCUAUUUGCUCUCAAAAGUUUGGCUACUCGUUGCGAAAACAUCACUGUCGAGUAUGUGGCCAAGUCGUGUGUGCCGACUUGGGUACCGACUGUUCACGAGACGUUCCAAUCAGUGUCCUCUCCAAUAAGCUGGAUAAUGGGACGAACCAGCUUCCUCGCCGCGACGAUAUAGGUAUUCGAAUAUGCCGCGACUGUAAACGAACAAUAUUUGCCAAACGAAACUUUGAAGCCGAAGGUCAAGCCGACCGGCCUGAUAUGCUUAAAAUCUACGAUUCCAUGGCUCAUAUCAAACAUUCUAUUGAUAUCAGUCUUCCCAAAUUCCAAGAUAUGUUAAUGAAACUCAACGACCCCGAAAAUCCCCCUCCCCACCAAGUUCUAGACGAAGCAGCCACUGUACGACGCAAGCUGCUCCAGUCAUUUUCACAAUACGACAGCAUGGCCCGUAAAGUGCUGACUGCCGAUGCAUUACGAGAAACCGAUAAAAGGCUCCAGAAACAAAUAUACCAGGUAGCUGCCCAGUAUCUUCAAGAAAACAUGUUACCAUUAAAAGCACUUCCACGAGCCCUUAAACACAAUAAAGCCGCCGCCGCUGCUGUUGCUUCUACCGAAGUGAGCAGCAGCAAUUCCAGCAUCUCCGAGAACAUGGAUCCCAGCUCAACUUCGACUCCUGUUCCACCUACACCGCUACUGUCUGAUGACGAGAUCCAAUCGUACCGUGAACAACUCAUUGUCAUGGAAGAACAGAAGUUCAUGGUCGAGAACAUGAUCUCCGAGUCCAAAACACACCGCAGAUUCAACGAAGUUGCUCCUCUCGAGGAAAACCUCCGUGACCUAGAACAAGAAGUCUCGCGAAUCAAAUCCGUGCUUGGCUCCUACGUCAUCACCUAA